GCUUGUGUUUGCCGCUGACCGGGUGGAUGAGACAGGCAACAGGGGGGUCUCGUGGCUUUCGUCAUUCCCCACUUUGCAAUCCUCAACUCAGCUAGCCCCCAAUCGGCCUUGAAAAUCCCACAGCCCACCCCCCCCAGCCAGCCAGCACCACCGUCUUCUCCCUUCCCUCCUAGCUCGCGCGACUCAGGUCCUUCUCGUCACACCCAUGCUCUUCGCCCGCCCCGCCACCACCGCCGCCAUCACCGCUCGCGCACUCUCCACUCGCUUUUCCCCAACAGCACCGAACCUCUACUCUUGCACUUCCCUCAAGCGUUCCAUUCGCCUCCCGAUCGUCACCCCCGCGACCCCCACAAUCAUGUCUAUGCGAACCGCCCACUCGUCGUCCUCCACAAAGACAACCCACACUGCAACUUUGCAACUACCCGUGACGCCGCUGACUGAGAAGGAACGAACCCAGGCCCUGCAGAACCUUGAGGGUUGGACUUUUAGCAACGAUGGGAAACGCGAUGUCAUUCAGAAAAGCUUUCGGUUUGAGGAUUUUAGUGAGGCGUUUGGGUUUAUGACCAGGGUUGCCAUGCAGGCUGAGAAGAUGGACCAUCAUCCGGAGUGGUUCAACGUAUACGACAAGGUGGACAUCACGCUCUCGACACACGAAUGCAGCGGGUUGAGUGUGCGGGAUGUGGAACUCGCGCGGUUUAUCGAGGCUCAGUUAUCCGCGAAGGAUAAAGUUAGUGGGGUUGUAUAGAUGGUGGUGGGGUCGGCGAUCGGCACGGAGAAAGGGAUGCACAUGGAGACAUGUGCGAAGGAGCUGCCAGCAGCGGGAGAAUGCUAUCACAUCAAACACAUACGUAGCAUACAUGUAUAGUAGCGUGUACAUACACAGAUCCCCGCGGUACAUAAGACAGCAUUGUAGGAUCAAAAAAAAGCUGCCAGGGGAAAAAACCCCUGAUCAUUGCCUUCAUUAUGCGUUCUGGAGGAAUGUCGCGACCGCAACCACCAUCAAUUCAACCUCAGAUGCAGACAAGAAGGG